ACGAUAUAAUUAUAAGGGAAACGCUUGGCUAGCUCGGAUUGACAACAGAAGGACUUGCGCCCGCCUGGGAACGUAGAGAAACACGGCGAAGUACACAGUGCCAUGAUAUUAUAAUCGCAGUUUAAUAGAGUGGAAGGCGCGACGGUUUGGCUGAUGUCCCAUCUCUCUGGUCGUCCCGAAUCAAACAGGAUCUUUGAACGUCUUUCCAAUACGCUGAACUGCAGCAAGCUUAAUCGUGAGAAUGAAUGGGAUACAAAAGGCCUUUGCUGUCUGUCUGGUAGUAGGAACGACUCUACAGUUGGUCAUUCUCCCUCUCUUUUACUUUCACCGUGGUAUGAGUGGAGAUUGGUACCAGUUUGAAGGAGAAAUCUACGUUCGAGCAGAAUCCACCCGGACAGGUUCUGGAAGAGGAGUCGUCGGCACGGCUUCAAGAAACGGAAGCACAACAGAAAGGAUCUUGUUUCAUCGGCUGUCGGAGUGUCCAGAUUCCAACAUUCCACAUCUCAAUAAUAUUAGCUUCUAUGAUCUGGACAAUAUAACGAUGGACCAAGCAGAGAGCGUUGUUUUUGGUUCCGAGGAGUUUGAGAAAGCUAGGCGAGCUACGACGCUGGCCGACUCCCUCAUCCCAAACCUCAUCGACAAGAACGUCUGGUUCAAAGCAUCGGGAAGGAGGAUUAUGGAGGCCAAUCUAGCCCAACUGGAGAUGAAGAUUGGGAACUAUACAUUCAUCCCAGGUGGCCACUGGAGGCCCAAUCAUUGCAUACCUGUAUGGAAGGUGGCUAUCAUCAUUCCGUUUCGGAAUCGUUCCCACCAUCUGCCCAUCCUCCUUCGCUACCUCGUCCCCAUGCUGAGGAGACAACUACUUGAAUUCGGUGUCUUCGCAGUCAAUCAGGAAAACGACUUGAACUUCAACCGGGCAACCUUAAUGAACGUGGGUUUUAUGGAAAGCCUGAACAUGUCACACUGGGAUUGCUUUGUUUUCCACGAUGUUGAUCACGUGCCACUGAGUGACCUGAAUUACUACGGAUGCUCCAACAUGCCACGUCACUUUAUCUCUGGGGACAGCGUCUGGAAUUACACAUUGGCAUACGAAAAUUUGUUUGGCGGCGUGACGGGUUUUCUCGGCAGCGACAUACGGAAAAUGAACGGUUUCCCCAACGUGUACUGGGGCUGGGGAGGCGAAGACGACGAGAUAUUACUGCGGGCAAGGAGGGUUAAGCUUAAAAUAGGGCGACGACCACAGGGACGUAAUCGCUUCAUCGGAUUCUACAAAGACAUCCAACAUCAUCACCACAGCGCGGCGGCGAUGCCGGAGAGGCACCGUCUUCUGAGGAACUACGUCAAACGCAUGAAAUACGACGGACUGAGCAACUUAAGGUACCCGCCCCCUCGCCUUGAGAUCCAUCCGUUAUACGUUAACAUCUCAGUAAAUAUCUAUCGGCUUCAUUAAGAUGGGAAGUGACUGUGGUUACCGCCCAUAGGAAGGAAAUUGGUAAAAAAAAAAGGUACUUGAGGCACCCAAACAUUUUGAUAAUUUGUUGUAUCAUCAAAUGAAAAGAAAGGGUUUUUAGGAACCUUUAUCUGAACGCACAAAUUUGCAAUAGAGUGGUGCAAAAAGGCCAAAAUUACUUGAGAUACAGGUGCAAGACUAGCUAACAUAAUAAAAUUAAACCAGGGAUUACGAAAACCUUAAUUGCCAGAUAAAUGUGUAUCGUAAAGAGAACAUGGCGACUUCAUGUACUGAAAUCCGCAACUUGGGACCACUUUUUAUUAUUUUCUCGUGAUUGGUUGGGAAGGGUGGGGAGGAGUAUAUACCCCCUCAAUUUUUUGACCGGGGUGAGUUAUUUAAUCAUCAACCAACUUUUUCGUAGUGAGAACAAAAUUAAUAGGGGUUUUAUUUUCAUAAAAGGGUUUUACAUGGGAAUUCGGGGAUAUUUCCCUUGUGAACUGUACGAAAAUUGUGGUACGGCAGCAUUUCAUGUUAACGCUGCAGUGGAGGACUGGUUGACUCUGCACUGUAAAAAGGUUGGUCAAUUUUGGGUUGAUAUUUUGCCC